AUGUCAGGAGACGACUACGUUGGGUGGUCCGAUGUUAUUGGCCAAAAAGAUGUAAAAAACACAUUGAUGAGUACAAUUAUAACACCGUUACGAACACGAGGUUGCAAUCUGCCGUUUACAAGUGUUCUGAUCUGUGGGCCUCCCGGUACCGGGAAGACCUUAUUACGUCAAGCCAUUGAACACGAACUCGGUGAUGUCGUGUCUUUUCAUUCCAAGCACUCGUCAGAUUUUAUUAGCAAAGGUUUCAGCAAACAACUUUUAAAAUCAUUUCUUCAACAAUCCAGUGAAAUUAGACCAGCUGUAAUUUGGAUAGACGAUCUGUUCUCCACCGAUGGUAUGUUUCCAUGUGCAUUUUGUCGUGGAUUAGAAGGAGAAAAUCUCCAACGAUAUAUAACAUGCUGGAUGAACACUAAUGACGUCAACAAAGAAGGGGUUGUUAUAGUUGGCUCCACACAAAAUCCAUGGGUAGCAGAUGAAUCACUCAUUCAAAGUUUCCAUCACCAUGUCUACAUGGGGAAAAUGGAAGAAGAAUCUAGAUAUCGAAUGAUUCAGCGUAGUUUGAAAGAUGAAAUACAUGUCUUGAAGGAAGGUGACCUAUGGAAAAUUGCACAACAUACAAACAGCUUUACAGGUGCCGAUAUGCAGAUUCUCAUCCGUUCGGCAUGCAGUCAGCCACUCAGAAGAAUUACAAAGUCACAUCAUUUCAAAAAGGUCAGUAAGGCUCGCGACAAUCCCGGAGAAUUGAAAGACAUUUUUUACAAACCAUGUGAUGCCAACGAUGAGGGCGCUAUCGCCAUGCCAUGGACAGAUGUCCCAGCUGACAGACUAAUUCUACCAGUAAUCACAAUGGAUGAUUUUCUGCAAGCAAUGACGUCAACUCGCAGCUCUGUCCGAGAUGAAGAGUGGCAAGAAAUAUACAACUUUAAGUCCGUAUUUUCUCAAUCAUAGCUAACAGCACAUAGAUGAUAUACUAUAUAAUGGCAAUCCAAUGACAUAAUACUGCGUUGUAAACCCUUAAGUGAUUCUUCAAAAAUGUAGAUUAUACUUUAUAUGUUUAGACAUGCUUCACAUAUUAUAAAUAACGGUUGUAACCCUGAGGUGCAUUAUAUUGUCGCCUUUCACUAUACGAUUAGACCCCUUAUAAUACUCCUAACACCAAUCACCAUUAUGAUAUUAUUGACAUCGUGAAUUUGAAUAAAACACCAGUUGAACAAUU